CAGCACCCUAUCCGAGCACUCUGCUCAGCCCAGAAGAGCAGCCACACAAGGAGAAAAAAAAGUUAAAAUCUACUCAGCAGAGAGAGGAGGGAGCGAGCAAGAGCGGAGGAGGGUGGGGGGGGGAAAGAAAACGCCCUGGAAACUUUGCUUGAUCGAAAAGUUGGAGAAGUCAUAGAAUCUCAUCAAAGUUGAGAAGCGCUCUUUUGGGCUGUGGAGAAGGGGAAGACGACGACGUUUUCAAGGAUGCUCAAGCUUGUGUAAGGCUUCUCGGGCGCAACGUGUGUGCACAGAAGUCAAGAAAACAAGAACCAACGCAUCAGACUGAAGCCCGUGGCCUCGCUUGAGCUAUCCAAGGAAAACCAGUGGGUGACGUUCUUUCCCACCAGGGCUUGAAAGCACAAGAAACAAAACAAGAUGGCUGAUGAAGAGGAAACUAGGGAAGUGCUGUUUCCAGACUGGGAGGGUCCAGAUAAAACUGGCCUGACUAUUGAACAGACACGUGAAGGAGAGAUCUUUGUGAAAGAAGUGAAAGGAGAGUCACCAGCAGCACGAUCUGGGAAAGUAUAUGAAGGUGACCAGAUUGUUGGUGCAACAAUCUAUUUUGACAACAUGAGCUCAGAAGAAACAGCUGAGCUGCUGAAGACACUGAACCGCCACAAGGUUGGAUUAAAACUACAAAAUAAAGACAAAUCGCCAAUCUGCUCUCCCUUGAGUACACCAUGUCGUUCUCCGUUGGGUACUUUGACAUGGGAGGGGAAGUUAGGAAGUACCAGUCCAGACAUCCUUCUCAGUGGGGAUGAUGAGGACUAUAAAAGGAUUUACACAAGGAAGAUCAAACCAAGGCUCAAGUCUGAAGACCUUGCCGAAGGAGUGGAUGUACGCACGGAGCGGCAUAGCAGCACAAGUAGCGACGGCAGUACAAUUACAACUGUUACCCGCCGUAUCACCACCUACACUGUGGAUAUGCCAAGUGGCAUAAGUGAGCAACUUGAACUUUCAAGUCCAGAUUUCAAAGGGCAAAAGCAAGAGUCAGGGGAUGGCUCUUUCGGAAUGAGAAUCUCACAUGGCAGCCCUUCAAAUGCAGGGGCAGCUGAAGGAGGAGUUUUUGACUUGGGAAAUGUUUCUUCCAAGCUAAGGGAAAGUUCAAACACUGGUAGUAGGCACAUUUCAAUGGGAGGCACAGGAGGUAGAGAGGUAUUUACAACAGAUAAUGACAAUGGAGGGUCAAUUUGUGUGUCUGUACCAGAAAAAGGAAAGCAGGUUUUUGUGACAUCCAUCGAAAAAACACAAAAGGGUGAGGGAACAAAGGUGAAGUUACCUGAAAUUACUGUUAGUCACCCACAUGAAAAGGAAUCCGGCUCAAUUAAUAUUUCAAACAUCUCAUUGAGCGGAGGUUUUCCAGAUGCUGAAAGUCCAUCUGCAUAUACUAACGUCAACAUUCAAACAAAAAAGUAUCACAUUCGUGGCCCAGAGGUAACUCUGGAACAGAAAGAAGGGGAUUUCAAAAUGCCUCAAAUAAAUAUAACAUCAUCUGGAACGAAAGGUUCAAAUUUUGAUGGAAAAACUCAUGAAAUUAAGAUUAGUCAGACAGGCCCACCAAUAAAAGGAAAAGUGAACAUAUCAACUCCAAAGAUGGAUGGGAAUGUAAAAAUACCAGACGUGGUCAUUCAGGGUGCAGAGGUAAAAACUGAAGGGCUAAAAGGAGAAGGCACAAAGAUGAGUAAAUAUAUUCCCAAAUCUGACAUUUCAGGCCCCCAAGUCAAAGGUGACGUAGAUCUGUCAUCACAGAAUACUGAAAAAGAUGUAGAAGCAGCAGAGAUAGAACUCCAAAGACCAAAAACCGACAUAAAGGACACAAUGGGUAGGAUUGGCUUUGGGAAAAUAAAAACGCCAACAUUUCAGGAAGGGCAGGACCCAGACAUGAACAUAAAACUGAGCAAGACUGGUAUUGAUGUCAACGCUCCUGAGGUUGACAUUCAAGGACCAAUUGUUAUCAAAGACCCAAAAGUCGACAUUAAGGUUUUUCCAGGAAGCAUAGGUCCAAAACUGGAGACUCCUGACAUUGGCAUCAACCUUCCAAAAUCUAAUGUUGACAUAAAUGUCUCUGAGGUUAACAUAAAAGGUCCGUCAGUUGAUGUCAGUCCUCCAAAAGGUAGUUUGAACAUUCAGGGCCCUGCACCAAUUAUUGAGGGAGGUCGCAUUGGCAGUACCAGUGUUAAGAUCAAGGGACCAGAAUUGCCUGAGGUGGAUUUCAAUCUGAAAGGCCCUAAUCUCAAAGGUGACAUAGAUAUGUCCGCACGACAUAUCCAAGGAGGGAGUAAAGCGCCUGAAGUAGAAAUCAAAGGUAAAAAAAUUGACAUCAAAGGCCCCAAAACUGGAUUUAAAAUGCCAAAAGUUAGUAUGCCAGAAUUUGGGUUUGAAGGUCCAAAAUUGAAGGGCCCUGACAUUGACAUCAACAUUAACAAGGCCAAUAUUGAUGUCAAAGUCCCUGACGUUGAUAUGAGUCUCCCGAAAACUGAUGUGGACAUCAAGGGUCCAGAUUUAGACGUUGAAUUACCGGAUGUUAACAUUGGCAGUCCAGGAUGGAAUAUAACGGGACCAAAAGUGAAAAUGCCAAAAAUUUCAGGUCCAAAUAUUAACGUUCCAGAUUUGGAUAUAAAUCUAAAAGGUCCUAAACUCAAAGGUGAUGUUGCUGUGAGUCUCCCUAAAACUGAUGUGGAUAUUAAGGGUCCAGAUCUCGACAUUGAAGUACCAGAUGUUGACGUUGGCAGUCCAGGAUGGAAGAUCAAGGGACCAAAAGUGAAGAUGCCAAAAAUCUCAGGCCCAAACAUCAAAAUACCGAAUUUGGAUUUUGAUCUCAAAGGUCCGAAAGUUAAAGGUGAUGUUGAUGUGUCAGGACCAAAUAUCGAAGGAAAUAUUGAUGUGCCAGACGUAGACAUUAAAGGCCCAAAAGUUGACAUGAAGGGCCCCAAAGCUGGAAUUGAAAUGCCCAAAAUCAAAAUGCCCGAAUUCGGCUUUAAAGGUCCAAAACUGGAGGCCCCUGACAUUGACAUCAACCUUCCCAAGGCCAAUAUUGAUGUCAAAGUCCCUGAUGUUGAUGUCAGUCUCCCCAAAACUGAUGUGGACAUCAAGGGUCCAGAUCUCAACGUAGAAAUACCAGAUGUUGACAUUGGCAGUCCAGGAUGGAAGAUAAAGGGACCAAAUGUGAAGAUGCCAAAAAUUUCAGGCCCAAAUAUCAACAUGCCAAAUUUUGAUUUAAAUCUAAAGGGUCCUAAAGUCAAAGGGGAUGUUGAUGUCUCAGUACCAAAUAUUGAGGGCAGUAGUCAAGUACCAGAAGUGGACAUCAAAGGCCCAAAAGUUGACAUUAAAGGCCCAAAGACUGGAUUUGAAAUGCCAAAAAUCAGUAUGCCAAAAUUUGGCUUUAAAAGUCCAAAACUGGAGGGUCCUGAUGUUGACAUCAACCUUCCAAAGGCUGAUAUUGAUGUUAAAAUUCCUGAGGUUGACCUUCAAGGCCCGAAAGUUGAUAUAAGUCUCCCCAAAGCUGAUUUUGAUGUCAAAGAUGCAAACAUUGACAUCAAAGGACCAGAACUUGACAUAGACAGUCCAAGUGGAUCGAUCAAAGGACCAAAAUUCAAAUUGCCAAGCAUCUCCAUGCCUGAUGUGGAUUUCCAUCUGAAGAGUCCGAAACUCAAAGGUGAUGUUGAUGUGUCCGUCCCAAAUAUCGAAGGAGAUAUUAAAGUGCCGGAAAUGGACAUCAAAGGCCCAAAAGUUGACAUUAAGGGCCCCAACACUGGAAUUCACAUGCCCAAAAUCAAAAUGCCAGAAUUCGGCUUAAAAGGUCCAAAACUGGAGGGCCCUGACAUUGACAUCAACCUUCCCAAGGCCGAUAUUGAUGUCAAAUUCCCUGAGGUUGAACUUCAAGGCCCGGAAUUCGAUGUAAAUCUCCCCAAAACUGAUUUGGAUGUCAAAGGUUUUGACAUUGACGUCAAAGUACCAGAACUUGACAUAGACAGUCCGAGUGGAAAGAUCAAAGGACCAAAAUUCAAAUUGCCAAGCAUCUCCAUGCCUGAUGUGGAUUUCCAUCUGAAGAGUCCGAAACUCAAAGGUGAUGUUGAUGUGUCCGUACCAAAUAUCGAGGGAGAAAUUAAAGUGCCGGAAAUGGACAUCAAAGGCCCAAAAGUUGACAUGAAGGGCCCCAACACUGGAAUUCACAUGCCCAAAAUCAAAAUGCCAGAAUUUGGCUUGAAAGGUCCACAAAUGGAGGGCCCUGACAUUGACAUCACCCUUCCCAAGGCCAAUAUUGAUGUCAAAGUCCCCGAUGUUGAUGUCAGUCUCCCCAAAGCUGAUGUGGACAUCAAGGGUCCAGAUCUCGACAUAGAAGUACCAGCUGUUGACAUUGGCAGUCCAGGAUGGAAGAUCAAGGCACCAAAAAUGAAGAUGCCAAACAUCUCAGGCCCAAAUAUCAGCAUGCCACAUUUGGAUUUCAGUCUCAAAGGUCCAAAAGUCAAAGGGGAUCUUGAUGUGUCAGUACCAAAUAUCGAGGGAGAUAUUAAAGUGCCGGAAAUGGACAUCAAAGGCCCAAAAGUUGACAUUAAGGGCCCCAAAACUGGAAUUGAAAUGCCCAAAAUAAAAAUGCCAGGAUUCGGCAUGAAAGGUCCAAAACUGGAGGGCCAUGACAUUGACAUCAACCUUCCCAAGGCCAAUAUUGAUGUCAAAAUCCCUGAGGUUGAUGUGAGUCUCCCUAAAACUAAUGUGGAUAUCCAGGGUCCAGAUUUAGAUGUUGACCUCCCAGAUGUUGAUAUUGGCAGUCCAGGUUGGAAGAUCAAGGCACCAAAAAUGAAGAUGCCAAACAUCUCAGGUCCAAAUAUAAACAUGCCACAUUUGGAUUUCAGUCUCAAAGGUCCUAAAGUCAAAGGUGAUGUUGAUGUGUCAGUACCAAAUAUCGAGGGAGAUAUUAAAGUGCCAGAAAUGGACAUCAAAGGACCUAAAGUUGACAUUAAGGGCCCCAAAACUGGAAUUGAAAUGCCCAAAAUCAAAAUGCCAGGAUUCGACUUGAAAGGUCCUAACCUGGAGGGCCCUGAUAUUGACAUCAACCUUCCCAAGGCCAAUAUUGACAUCAAAGUCCCUGAAGUUGAACUACAAGGGCCAGAGAUUGAUGUUAAUCUUCCAAAAGCUGAUUUGGAUAUUAAAGGCCCAAAAAUGGACAUUGAAGGACCAGAUCUUGACAUUGACAGCCCCAGUGGUAAAAUCAAGGGACCAAAAUUCAAGAUGCCAAAGAUCAUAGGGCCAAGUAUCUCUAUACCUGAUGUGGACUUCCACCUGAAAGGCCCCAAACUUAAAGGUAACGAUGCAUCACUACCCAAUAUCGAGGGAGAAAUAAAAUCUCCAGAUAUUGAUAUUAAAGGUCCCAAGGUUGACAUUAAGGGUUCGAAGAGUGGUUUUGGAUUACCCAAAUUUAAAAUGCCGGACUUUGGCUUCAAAGGUAAAAAAUUCGAAGGUCCUGACAUUGACAUAAAACCCCCCAUGGCUAAUAUUGACAUCAAGGCCCCGGGGGUAGACACCCAAGGGCCUGAAGUGAGUGUCAGUCUUCCGAAAGCUGAUUUGAAAAUUAAAGGUGCAGAAUUGGACAUCCAAGCACCAGAUGUUGAUAUUGAUAGUCCCAGCGGUAAAAUCAAAGGACCGAAAUUCCAGAUGCCCAAAAUUUCAGGACCAAGCAUCUCCAUGCCUGAUGUAGAUUUCCAUAUGAAAGGCCGGAAAUUGAAAGGUGAUGUUGAUGUUUCUGCACCAAAUAUUGAGGGAGAUAUUAAAGUGCCGGUUAUGGACGUCACAGGUCCAAAAAUUGACAUUAAGGGCCCCAAAACUGGAAUUGAAAUGCCCAAAAUCAAAAUGCCAGAAUUCGGCUUAAAAGGCCCGAAACGGGAGGGCCCUGAUAUUGACAUCAACCUUCCCAAAGCCAAUAUUGAUGUCAAAGUCCCUGAUGUUGAUGUCAGUCUCCCCAAAGCUGAUGUGGACAUUAAGGGUCCAGAUCUCAAUGUAGAAGUACCAGAUGUUGACAUUGGCAGUCCAGGAUGGAAGAUCAAGGCACCAAAAAUCAAGAUGCCAAACAUCUCAGGUCCAAAUAUCAACAUGCCACAUUUGGAUUUCAGUCUAAAAGGUCCUAAAGUCAAAGGUGAUGUUGAUGUGUCAGUACCAAAUAUCGAGGGAGAUAUUAAUGUGCCAGACAUAGACAUUAAAGGCCCAAAAGUUGACAUUAAGGGCCCCAAAGCUGGAUUUGAAAUGCCCCAAAUCAAAAUGCCAGAAUUAGGCUUUAAAGGUCCAAAACUGGAGGGCCAUGGCAUUGACAUCAACCUUCCCAAGGCCAAUAUUGAUGUCCAAGUCCCUGAUGUUGAUGUCAGUCUCCCCAAAACUGAUUUGGACAUCAAGGGUCCAGUUCUCGACGUUGAAGUACCAGAUGUUGACAUUGGCAGUCCAGGAUGGAAGAUCAAGGGACCAAAAGUGAAGAUGCCAAAAAUCUCAGGCCCAAACAUCAAAAUGCCGAAUUUGGAUUUUGAUCUCAAAGGUCCGAAAGUCAAAGGGGAUGUUGAUGUGUCAGGACCAAAUAUCGAGGGAGAUAUUAAUGUGCCAGACAUAGACAUUAAAGGCCCAAAAGUUGAUAUUCAGGGCCCUAAAACUGGAAUUGAAAUGCCCAAAAUCAAAAUGCCAGGAUUCGGCUUUAAAGGUCCAAAACUAGAGGGCCCUGAUAUUGACCUCAACCUUCCCAAGGCCAAUAUUGAUGUCAAUAUCCCUGAUGUUGAUGUCAGUCUCCCCAAAACUGAUGUGGACAUCAAGGGUCCAGAUCUCGAUGUAGGAGUACCAGAUGUUGACAUUGGCAGUCCAGGAUGGAAGAUCAAGGCACCAAAAAUGAAGAUGCCAAACAUCUCAGGCCCAAACAUCAACAUGCCGAAUUUGGAUUUUAAUCUCAAAGGUCCGAAAGUUAAAGGUGAUGUUGAUGUGUCCGUACCCAAUCUCGAGGGAGAUAUUAAAGUGCCAGAAAUGGACAUCAAAGGCCCAAAAGUUGACAUUAAGGCCCCCAAAACUGGAAUUGAAAUGCCAAAAAUCAAAAUGUCAGGAUUCGGCUUUAAAGGUCCAAAAAUGGACGGCCCUGAUAUUGACAUCAACCUUCCCAAGGCCAAUAUUGAUGUCAAUGUCCCUGACGUUGAUGUCAGUCUCCCCAAAGCUGAUGUGGACAUCAAGGGUCCAAAUCUUGACGUUGAAGUACCAGAUGUUGACAUUGGCAGCCCAGGAUGGAAGAUCAAGGCACCAAAAAUGAAGAUGCCAAACAUCUCAGGUCCAAAUAUAAACAUGCCACAUUUGGAUUUCAGUCUAAAAGGUCCUAAAGUCAAAGGUGAUUUUGAUGUGUCAGUACCAAAUAUCGAGGGAGAUAUUAAAGUGCCGGACAUGGACAUUAAAGACUCAAAUGUUGCUGUUAAAGGGCCUGGAUUUGAAUUGCCUAAAAUGAAAAUGCCACAAUUUGGGUUCAAAGGACCAAAGCUUGAAGGUGACAUUCAGGUUCCUGGGAUUGAUAUUCAAGCUCCAGAUGUUGAUGUCAGUGUUCCCAAUGUUGACUUGGACAUUAAGGGCACAAAAUUUGAUAUCGAAGGCCCAGAUGUUGAAAUUGAUAGCCCUAACGCAAAGAUCAAGGGACCAAAAUUCAAAAUGCCAAAACUCUCAGGACCAAACAUUAGCAUGCCAAGCCUGGAUUUACAUCUCAAAGGCCCUAACCUUAAAAGUGAUGUCGAUGUAUCAGUACCAAACCUUCAGGGGGAUAUUAAUCCACCAGAAAUGGAAAUUAAAGGUUCCAAAAUUGAGAUUCAGGGGCCAAAGAGUGGAUUUUCACUACCAACAUUACAUAUGCCAGAAUUUGGUCAUGUCGAGGGUCCUGACGUUGACAUCAGCCUCCCCAGUUUUCAGGGUGAUGGUGAAGGAAGCAUUCAUUUGCCAAAAGCUGAGCUCGAUGUGGAAGAUCUUGAUGUUCCAGGAUUCAGCACAAAGAAAUCUAAAUUCAAGAUACCAAAGUUCGGUUUCAGAGGGCCAAAGAUAAAGAGCCCGGAAAUUGAUGUGAAACCGACACAUGAAAAUAUCAACAUCAAAGGAAAGACUGGCAGUUUUGAAGGAGUGGAUGUAGACAUGGAUGUAACGGGCCCAAAAAUAAAAGGACCCAAAUUUAAGAUACCAAAAUUUGGUUUUAAGGUGCCUAAGGUUGAAAUUCCAGGAGCGGAUCUUAAUCUGACUCGGGGCAGUGGAGAAAUACAUUUCCCAGAUGUUGACAUUGGAGGACCAGAAGUAAAAAGUGGGGAUCCUAAUGUUAAAAUCAAAGGAACAAAGCUCAAAAUGCCAUCGCUCGCAGGAACAAAAUUUUCUCUUCCUGAUGUUGAUUUUAAUCUGGAAAGUUCAAAAGUCAAACUUGACUCAGACAUGUCACUUCCAAAGACUGACGUAGAUAUAAAAGUACCAAGUGGUGAUGUAAAAGGUCCGAAAUUUCAGGGGCCAAAUAAUGACAUCAACCUACCCAGGGCUGAUAUUGACAUCAACGUCCCUAAAUUCAAAGGUGAUGUAGACGUGGGACUACCACAUGUUGAGCGUGAUAUUAAAGCACCAGAAAUUGAAAUUAAAGGUGUUAAAGCUGAUAUUAAGGGGCCCAACAGUAAAUUUGGAUUACCAAAAAUGGAAAUGCCAGACUUUGGCUUACAACGUCCAAAACUUGAGGGUCCUGAUGUUGAUAUAAGCAUGCACAAGGCUAAUAUUGAUGUGCCUGAGGGUGACAUUAAAGGCCCAAAAGUUGAUUUCAGCCUACCCAGAGCCGAAUUGGCUGUUAAAGGCCCUGAAUUGGAUUUUGAAGGGCCUGAUGUUGACAUUGACAGUCCCAGUGGUAAGAUCAAGGGGCCAAAAUUCAAGAUGCCAAAACUCUCAGGGCCCAACAUUUCAUUGCCUAAUGUGGAUUUCCACAUGACCAGUCCUAAACUCAAAGGUGACAUUGAUGUUUCUGCACCAAAUGUUGAAGGAGAUAUUAAAGCUCCAGAAUUGGAUAUAAAAGGCCCCAAAGUUGACAUGAAGGGCCCCAAGACUGGAAUUGAAAUGCCCAAAAUCAAGAUGCCAGGGUUUGGCAUUAAAGGUCCAAACCUGGAGGCCCCUGACAUUGACAUCAAAAUUCCCAAGGCCGAUAUUGAUGUCAAAUUCCCUGAGGUUGAACUUCAAGGCCCGGAAUUCGAUGUAAAUCUUCCCAAAGCUGAUUUGAACAUUAAAGGCCCAAAUGUUGACGUUCAGGGUUCUACGGGUGAAUUUGAAAUCCCUAAAUUAAAAAUGCCGCAAUUUGGCUUCAAAGGUCCGAAAAUGGAGGGCUCUGACAUUGAGAUCAACGUUCCCAAGGCCAAUAUUAAUCUCAAAGACACUGAAGUUGAACUUCAAGGCCCAAAUAUUGAUGUCAGUCUCCCCAAAGCUGAUCUUGACAUUAAGGGCCCAAAACUCGAAUUUGAAGGUCCAGCUCUGGACAGUGACAGCCCUAAUGCUAAGAUUAAGGGACCAAAAUUCAAGUUGCCAAAAAUUUCAGGUCCGAAUCUCAACAUGCCAAGUGCGGAUUUCAACCUAAAAGGUCCUAAAGUUGAAGGUAAUGUGAAUGUAUCAGUACCAAAUAUUGAGGGAGACAUUAAAGUACCAGAAAUUGACAUCAAAGGCCCAAAAAUUGACAUGAAGGGCCCCAAGAUUGGAUUAGAAAAGCCAAAAAUCAAAAUGCCAGGAUUUGGCAUCAAAGGUCCCAACCUGGAGGGCUCUGACAUUGACAUAAAACUUCCCAAGGCCAAUAUAGAUGCCAAAGUCCCAGAGGUUGAACUCCAAGGACCAGAAGUUGAAGUAAAUCUUCCCAAAGCUGAUUUGAACAUUAAGGGCCCAAAAUUGCCAAGUGCAGAACCAAAAAUCUCUGGAUCACACAUUUCCAUACCUGAUUUCAAUUUGAAAGGUCCAAAAGUCAAAGGCGAAGUAGAUUUGUCAGUACCUAAUUAUCAAGGAGAGAUAAAAGCACCAGCAAUGGAUAUCAAUGAUUCAAAUGUUGACAUUAAGGGUACUAUGGGUGGAUUUGAAAUUCCUAGAUUAAAAAUGCCGCAGUUUGGCUUCAAAGGUCCAAAACUGGAGGGCCCUGACAUUAAUGUCAAUAUUCCCAAAACUAAUAUUGAUGUCAAAGUCCCAGGGGUUGGCGUUCAAGCUCCAGAACUUGAUGUUCGUCUCCCAAAAGGUGACAUUAAAGGCCCAACGUUCAGUGUUGAAGGACCAGACGUUGACAUUGAUAGCCCCAGUGGUAAGAUUAAGGGACCAAAAUUAAAGACAGCAAAAAUCUCAGGUCCAAACAUCUCCAUGCCAAAAGUUAAUUUAAAUGUGCGAAGUUCUGACUCAAAAGGUGACAUACAUAUGUCAGGAACCAAUUUUGAAGGAGAAAUCAAAGCACCAGGAUUGGCUAUCAGUGAUCCAAAAAUUAAGGGUCCAACAGGGGCAUUUGAAAGUUCAAACAUGAAAGGUGAUUUGUCAUAUCCUGAUAUAGAUGUCAGCAUAAAGGGGAAGAAGGGUAAAUUCAAACUUCCGAAAGUAACAGGAAAGGCAAAGAAAUCAGACUUUGACACAGAGGCACCAACUGUUGAUGUAACAGCAGGAACAUCGAAUAUUAAUGUCCAAAGAUCCAAAGUAAAAAAGCCAAUUUUUGGUAAACUUCAAUUUCCUGAUGUAGAACUUGAUAUCAAAUCUCCAAAAAUUAAAGGUGAUGGAUUUUUAUCUGAGGAGUUGAAAUCCCCCACUGCAGAGUUGCAGGGUUCUGUUACCAGCAGUCCAAAUGUUAGUUACGAAGGCUUUGAUGUGAAGCUAAAGACUCCCCAGUUCAAAAUGCCAGACAUUGACAUUUCUCCGGCAGGCGGCAUUUUUAGAGGCCUUCAGUAUCCUGAAGGUACAGUGACAUUUCCCAAGCUCAAGGUACCAAAAUUUGGUUUUAUGCUGCCCGAGAUUGUGAGCCAGGAGGGUGAUGGAAAGGUUGCAACGAAAGUUGCGGCUAGUGGGGAGCUUCAGUGCUCAGCGGAUAUUGCCGUUUCCAAUCCAGAAAUAAGGCAGGGUGAGGGAAAGACAAAGGUGAAGAUACCAAAUUUUUUUGGCAAAUCAAAAGCAAAGGGCAGGAGUGCAGGGGACCUUCGGGGAACAGAGGUUGAACUGAGUACCAGUGGAAAAGGACAGGUCUCUAAAGAUUUCAGUGUACAUAGUGGAGAAGGAAACUUACAAUUUGAGGGUGAUGCUGGACUUGCCGUUUCACCCAAAAGCAAGUCAGCUUCACUGGAUCUUUUCAAGAAGUCAAGACAUCGAUCUUCCUCUUUGAGUGACGAGGGUGGGCUUGCAGUUGUUUCCCCUUCAGGACACCUUGAAGCAGAGGGCAGUGAUAUUUCAUUAGAUCUAAGUGGACCAAAGGUCAAAGGAAAGAAAGGCAAGUUGAAGUUUGGCACCUUUGGAGGUUUUGUUUCCAAGUCAAAGGGCUCGUAUGAAGUGACAUAUGGUGAAGGCAGUGAAGCAGCAGUGGAGGGUAGUGCAGGUGUGUCAUUGGCCACCCCAAAAUCAAGAUUGUCCUCAUCGUCCAGCAGUGAUAGUGGGUCAAGGGGUGCUUUGAAGUUCCCGAAAAUUGAACUGUCUGUAUCACCAAAAAAUGAGUAAAUUGUUCAUGACCUGAACUCAAACCCCAAAAGACGUUCCCUCCAUACGGAUAUGACAGACAGCACAUGACACUCUUUUCAAAGCUCCGUUCAUAUGUAAAGAGAGAAAAUGCAGUCAUCUCAUUUUUAAGCUUACCUGUGACAAGAUAAGAUAAGAAAACCUUUAUUAGUCUCGCAAUGGAUAGAAAUGCAAUGAUAGACAGAAAGGAGAGCGAUACCUUAAGGCCCCAUCAAACUGUAAAUAAAUUGUAUUGUAAUAAAUAUUGUUUUCCUGUACAUAGUCGAGAUUUAUUAAGAAUAUACCAUUUCACCAAAUUUUCCACUAACAACUUGUUACUGGUAUUAUUUUGUCCUGCUUCAUUCAAUUAAAAGUUGUUCACGAAUGGGUGUGGUAUAAUUUUAUGCAGGGUCUGUUUCGCUGAAGAGUCAAAGUAGUUAUUUUGAAGGAACAUGUAGUUUAUACAGUUAAACACAAAUAUAAACUGUUUCCAGUUUUAGUUUGAAACUUUGAUUUUUGUAUCAUCAGUUAUUUUUGCAUCUUAAAGCUGGGUCUGUAUAACACACUCUGUUUGGUGAUGUUUUAUCGAUUACAAAUGCACAGACAAGUCACUAUGUUAUAUUUUCAGUGCAACUUGUCCUCCUUCAAUGACUGUCCACAUUUGCUUCUCAUCUGUUAUUUUUAUCAUUCUAACCUGUUUAUUGUACAGUUUGCCCGAUCAUCUUUUGCACCCUUCAUACAGCAUUAAUGUUACAAAUAAAAAAAAAAAACGUAAUUGAUGGUGUGUUUAGAAAAAACUUAAUUCAGAGAGUUUUGAUCUGACAUGUGCAGACAGAGUAUGAAUUGUUUGUUUUCCAUUUUUGUGUAUUCUGUCUGAUAAACUAAAUAAAAUGUAUAGUAUAUGUGUAGUUU